AUGUUUAAGUUGUUGAGUGAACUUCGAUCAUUUGUCUCCACUGUUGCUAUCAUUGUGUGUGUGUGCAUGUCUUUGUUGAAUAAAGCUUCCCAAAAAACAGCCUUGGUUGCCGCCGCCACCACCACUACCAUCACUACCACCACACUUGCUGGAAAUGAUACUGAUUACUUAGCCUUGCUUUCCAUCAAGGCUCAAAUAACUAAUGAUCCAAUGCUAGUCACAAGCUCAUGGAAUGAUUCUCUCCAUUUCUGCCUGUGGGAAGGUGUUUUAUGUGGGCAUCGCCAUCAAAGGGUCACUGGCUUGAGUUUAGAGUCGCGCAAUUUAGAAGGUUCUAUAUCUCCUUCCAUUGGAAACCUUAGUUUUCUCAAAAUUGUUGAUGUCUCAAACAACAACUUUCAAGGUGAAAUUCCUCAUGAAAUGGGCAGGCUAUUCAGGCUGCAAGUUCUAAACUUGACCCAUAACUUGUUGGGAGGACAAAUUCCAGCAAACCUCUCAAGCUGCAACAACUUGAGGAGGCUCGGUUUAGGUUACAACAAGUUCAUAGGAAAUCUUCCUAUUGAGCUUGGUUCAUUGAACCAAUUGGUGCAACUUUAUAUGAACUCCAACAAUUUGAGUGGAGCAAUCCCACCUUCUUUUGGGAACCUUUCCUCUCUCAAACUUUUCUCCGUAUCAGAGAACAUGUUGGAGGGAAGUAUUCCGGACUCACUAGGUAGCCUGAAAAGCUUGACAUAUCUUUCAUUCUCCUCAAAUAAAAUAUCAGGUAUGAUUCCUCCAUCUAUCUAUAAUAUCUCAUCAUUGACAGCUUUGGAGGCACGAGUAAAUCUACUUGAAGGAAGUCUUCCUCAAAAUUUAGGCCUCACUUUGCCAAAUAUUAAAAGGGUUAAUAUUGCGAAAAACCACUUAAGUGGAUCAAUUCCACUUUCAAUAUCAAAUGCUUCAAAACUUGAACACCUUGUCUUGUCAAUGAACAAACUUUAUCCUGGAGUGGCUGUUGAUUUUGGAAAUUUAAAGAAUCUCUUGUGGCUAAGUUUAUUUGAGGAUGGUUUGGGAACUGAGGAUGCUAAUGACCUUAAUUUCAUCUUGACUUUGGUCAAUUGUAGCAAAUUGAGGAUAUUAAGUUUAGACGCCAAUAAUUUUGGAGGUGUUUUGCCCAAUUCUUUAGUGAACCUCUCAACCCAACUUCAGACUUUAUCAGUGUCAGGAAACCAGAUAUCUGGAAACAUUCCAGUAGACUUUGGAAAUCUUGUGAGCUUAAAUGCUGUAGAUAUGAGCUAUAAUCGAUUGACAGGAACUAUUCCAACCUCUAUCGGUAAACUUCAUAAGAUUCAAGAACUGGGUUUUGGUAAAAACAAAUUGUCUGGGGAAAUACCUUCCUCCAUUGGAAAUUGGACAUUGGCGAACCAACUUUGGUUAGAAGAAAAUGAUUUUCAGGGAAACAUACCAUCAAGUCUUGGAAAUUGCAUAGAUUUGAUACUACUGCAUCUUUAUGGUAACAAUCUGUCUGGUAGCAUACCUCAAGAAGUAAUUGGUAUCUCAUCUUUAUCAAAAUCUCUGGACUUGUCUCGAAACUCUCUAACUGGUCCCAUUCCUCCAGAAGUCGGUAGCUUGAAAACUCUCGUUGAACUAAAUCUUUCUUAUAACAAGUUAUCUGGUAAAAUUCCUAGCACCCUAGGUAGUUGUGAUACUUUGGAAUACCUUUUUUUGGACAACAAUUCAUUAGGAGGAGCCAUUCCACAAUCUUUGAGUUCUCUAAAGGCCAUUGAAGAAUUAGGUCUCUCACACAAUAACCUCUCGGGUGAAAUUCCAAUUUUUUUUUAA